AUGACUGAAUUGUCAGAAUUAUCAGCCUCAGCAACAACUGAUACAAUAUCUGCACAAUCAAUUAAAUUAAAUGAACAAUUAAUUCAUAAUGCUGCUGUAGAAAGUAAAUUAGAACGACGUCAAAUUGCAUGUGCAAAUACAUUUUGGUCUCAACAUAACCAACUUUCAACAUUUUUAAAUAAUAUAGAAAAGGAAUUAACACAAAUUCGUCCACGUUCAACAUCACGUAAACAUAUUGAGCAUGAAAAAGAUAAAUAUAAUAAAUUAGCAAAUGAUUUUUCUAUAAAUCAAAUCAAAUUUCAAGAAAUUCUUGAACAACAUAGUUAA